CCCAUUCAAAAACCCAACUCUGAAGAACACACUUCUUUCUACCUGAAGUAGCCAUGCCGGAAGAGAAUAAUCAACAAAUUGUUGCAACCGAAGAAGAAGAAGAAGACGACGACGACGACGAUGGGCCGCCGCCUGGAUUUCAAUGCAUCAUCACCCCACCGCCACCGCCACCGCCACCGCAACCGGAAACAACUGAAGCCGCUGCCGACGACGAAGAAGACGAUGAUGGCCCACCGCCUGGGUUUCACUCCAUUGCUCCGAAGCCCCCUUCGCCGCUUCCUUCUUCCGACAUGGAAAGGGACAUCAAACAAGAGGACAUUGAGGAUGAUGAUGACGACGACGAUGGGCCACCACCAGGGUGGGAGUUCAGUACUCUUGUAAAUGCAUUACCUCCACCAAAGACAACAGACAUAUCAGAUAUAAAAAUCGAGAAUGAUGAAGAAUUAGAUGAAGGGCCUCCGCCUGGAUGGGGAACUGUGCUGUUAAAUCAGAUGCCACCUCCAUCUACACCACCAUUGAGGCAAUCAUCGAUUAAUUCUUCUAAUAUUGAAACGGAUAGCAAACCAAAAUUUACGAAAAAUGACGAUGAGGUGUCUCCACUAAUGUCACAGUGCACACCCAUGCAAGGGCAUUCAUCGCCAGCUACAACACCACCAUUAAACCAGCUGCCAUCGGCAGAACUGCCUUGCGAUACAGGGAACAAAGAAGACGACAAAAAAAUUAGGGACAAAAGGCCCACAUCUGCACUACAGCAGCUUCCACCUACGCCAUACCCAUUGACGCCAGCUCUGAAGCAAUCAAUUUCUGGAAAGGCUCAGCUAGUUUGUGGUACUUGCCGGAACUUGUGCUUGUAUCAACGAGGGGCAAAAUGGGUCCAAUGUCCAGGAUGCCAAGAAGUCAAUUUUGUCCUAGAAGCCCAUGAAGUUGGCCAAGUAAAGUGUGGAGGGUGUGAGGUGUUGCUUAUGUACCCACAUGGAGCACCUGCAGUUCAAUGCUCUUCGUGCCGUUUUGUCACGGAAAUUGGAGCACAGAAUAGGCGACCUCCUCUUUCGGUCCAGCAGGAUCAGGUUAGAGCACAGGCUCGUAGACGGCGAAGAUUCAACCGAGUUCGUUAAGAGUUCUCUGUCUCUGUCUUUCUAUUUAUUAGCUGAUAGUUUGCUGACGUCAUCUUUUUCGAAUCUCCAGCAUUGUAUAAAGAAAAUGUUACGUGUCCGAAUCUUGGAGCCCUUUGAACUUGAACAUAUUAUGAUUUUAUUACCUGAAUUUAAUAUCUGACUAUGAAUCACUUUUACGA